UUUUUUGCUGAGAACUUUGACCUUGUAUAUCUUCGCCGUCGGCGCGCAGCACAGAAGGGGCUCGUAUGCGGUACGGGAACCUUAGGGAAAGGGGUUUCGUUAUGUAAUUUUGGGCCUGAUUGACUGGCAAAAGUUCCGCUCAUGGAUCGAAAGACUGGAAACGCCAGCGGGCUGCAGCUGCACAGCGAACCGACGUUCCUACGUGUCUACCCCUGACGCCAGCCGAAGCGUGAUGCAUCCAGAGCGACCCACGACAGGCUUCACCCUUUGGAGACAACUGGCAGAUUCAGCCCUUUGGGGCACGUUGAGCACAGGGCCAGUGCAGGGCCUGAUCCAGAGUGCCAGACCUCCUCGCUUCUGCCUCUCGCUCCCGAGGGUCCAUGCAGCUGACGUGGCUUCUGCCCAGCCUGGACAGAUGCCCUCGUCCCCCUCCUCCACCCGUGCGGUUGCUCCACACCCCAUCACUGCCAGCGCCAUCCCAAACAACAUUGGCAAGCCAGAAUUCCCAGACACGGGAUGGGAGCGCCUUAUGGAUCUCUUUCAGAAAGACGCGACCCAAAGUUACCCCGAGGAGGUGACUAACGUGAUAAAAAGUGGACUUGUUGCUUCGAUAGCGGGCUUGAUCUACGGAGGCCUGCCAGCGGCUCGCCAUGCUAAGCAGAGGUACAUCCAACUGAGCCAGGCAGAACUCUACACUAGUCGUGUGGAAGCAGUCCGUUUGGCCCACCACGCAGCGAUCCGAGGUUUUGUGAGAUACGGAGUUCGAUGGAGCUGGAGAGUUGCUGCAUUUGUUUCUUUGUUCAAUUCCGUCAGUACAGGCCUGUCAGUUUACCGGGACAAGUACACCGUCGGUAAUUUUGCCGCAGCUGGAGCUGUGACUGGAGGAGUUUUCAGACUGAACCUGGGCCUGCGAGGCCUGGUGGCAGGCACCAUCAUCGGAGCAGUGCUCGGGAUUCCUACGGGCGCCUUGAUCAUCAGCAUGCACUCGCUGGCUGGGGAAAGUGCCCGAGAGAGGCGACGGCGAGAGCGCAGGGAGAUCUAUGAGAGGAAACUUGCAGAGUGGGCGGCCCGACUUGAACUGACAGAUGAGUUGAUAGGCGAUCUGAAUGCGGCCUCGCAGGCAGCGGAAACACAGCAGGACUUGAAGAAGAUCCAGGAGCUCCUCAGUUUACCGCAGAAUGUCAUUCAGGACUCAAACAGCCAAUGACUCUGUUACGUGCUCAAUGAAAGACACUAAAACUGCAACUUCACAUAACAUUGAGGGGAAAUCAAGGUUUUACUUGGACUUGCACUCUUGACUCCUUUCUAAAUGAGGAGGAACUAAAAUAGUUUUCAGAAUAAUUUAGGAAUCAGAAAGCUGAAUACUGUAUGUUUCCUGAAAAACCACAAUAGCAGCUAUCGUACAUUAAAGUUACAUGGAAAUCACA